UCAAGUCAAGAAAGCUGAUAAGUCUUUACCUUUAGAAAUGUUCAUCACAGUAAUUUUGAUUUUUGUCCUUGUGUACUUCUGGAAAAAGUGGAAUUAUGGUUUUUGGAAUAGAAAAGGUGUCCCAACACCAAGUCCAACAUUUCUGGUGGGAAAUCUUGGACCAGCACUUAUCCAAAGAGAACAUAUUGGAAUUUUGGCGGAUAAAUGGUACAAAAUGUUUCCUAAUUUGCCCUACGUUGGGUUCUACAAGCACUUGUAUCCAGCAAUCCUGCUUAGAGAUGUUGAAUUAGUGAGAGAUGUGAUGAUCAAGCAUUUUUCGUCAUUCUCACUUAACGAUGUGACCACAAGUGAAGAUCCCAAUGAUAUUUUUGGUGGAACACCUUUUACUGAAACUAACGAGCAAAAAUGGAGAUCAGAACGAGCAGUUUUAACUUCUAUCUUUACAAAAAACAAGUUAAAAGCCAUGUAUUCGUUAAUGCAGCAUUCAACUGAAAAGAUGAUUAACUUUAUUGAUCACGAAGGCUGUAAUAUCGAUGUUGACUCCAAAAGCCUUACUUCGAAAUAUGCAGUAGGAAAUAUAGUAAGAUGUAUAUUUAGCGUGGAAACGAAUUGUUUUAAGGAUCCCAAAAGUCAAUAUCGGGAGAUGGGUCGAAAGCUCUUUCACGCGUCAUUUAUGUCAGGGCUCAGAAUUUCAAUGAGCCUCUUCUUUCCUUCCAUCGUCAAGUUCUUUUCUAUGCCUGUAACAACGAAAGAUUUUGACCAAUGGGCUAGAAAAUUUGUGAAAGCUAAUAUUAAAUCACGUGAAAAUAUAAAAACUGAUUACGAUGAUGUGCUGCAGAUACUCCUAAAUUUUCAAAACAAAAUGAAUGCGUCAGAAGAUCGCGUUAUAACUCAAGCUAUUGCAUUUUAUGUCGAUGGAUAUGAAACAUCGAGUACAACAUUAGCAUUUGCACUUUGGCAUUUGGCACAAUAUCCAGAUAUCCAAAAUACACUUUACGAGGAAGUUGCAACAAUUGCAGAAAAGCAUCAAAAUACUCUUUCGUAUGAAACAAUCAAUGAGAUGGUUUAUUUGGAUAUGGUCCUCCAAGAGACAAUGCGCCUAAAUCCUGUUGGACUGACAAUGCAAAGAAUAUGCACGAAACCCUAUGCCCUGCCUAAAUUGCCUGGACAAAAAGAGGCAGUUGUCCUACAACCUGGAACAUCAGUACUUAUCCCUGUCUAUUCCAUACAUCAUGAUCCCCAAUUCUAUCCUGAUCCAUAUGUCUUCGAUCCCAUGCGAUUCACCGAAGAGAAGCGUCACAAACUUCCAAAAUGUGCACAUCUUCCUUUUGGGGAAGGUCCCAGAAUUUGCGUUGGAAGAAACUUUGGCAUGAUGCAGAUGAAAGUAGCUUUGGCGAGUAUUGUGAAAAAUUUCAAAAUCAUUCAAUCCCCCAAUUCCAAAUCAUACACAAUUGAUCCAAGAUCACCACUCCUGUUCCAAACGAUCGAUAGAUUGCUUAUAAGGUUCGAAAAAAGGUAGGAGAGGAGGAAUACAACUUGGGGAGAGCGUGGCUAGAUUGGCCUGGGACUACGUUAAAUAUUACGGUUUUAUUAUGUAUUUUUUAAUAUCUAAUAAAUGGUUAAAGGAUUGAA